UUUAGUUUUUACAUUUCUAGUGGUUUCACAACAGUUCUUCAAUCACUUCACAAGUUUGGGUGUUGGGACUAACUAUACGAUUAAAAUUUAUUUGUGAAUAGCAUUUCAUAAGUAUUUAUUAUUAAUAACAACCGAAAUUAUUUUAUAAAUAUGUUUCACGUCAAUGACAAGGAAAAUUUACACAACAGUAGCAACAAUGUUCUACUAAAGUCCCCAGUAAAAAAGGCAUUAACUCCUCGAAACGCAAACGUUACUGACGACAAAAUGGAAGUUGUAAAUGAAGACAAAGUAGAGUUCGAUCCUCAACUAGAACCCUUACUGCGCGACAAUCCUAGACGAUUUGUUGUGUUUCCUAUCAAGUACCCGGAUAUUUGGCAAAUGUACAAGAAGGCAGAAGCUUCAUUUUGGACUGUAGAAGAAGUUGACCUAUCCAAGGAUCUGUCUGACUGGGACAAUCUUAAGGAUUGUGAAAGGCACUUUAUCAAGCAUGUGCUGGCAUUCUUUGCUGCUUCAGAUGGCAUUGUGAAUGAGAACUUGGUGGAGAGGUUCUCACAGGAAGUCCAAGUGACUGAAGCAAGGUUCUUCUAUGGGUUCCAAAUAGCUAUGGAAAAUGUUCAUUCUGAAAUGUAUUCACUCCUCAUUGACACAUAUAUCCGGGACCCUAAUGAAAGAGAUUUUCUCUUCAAUGCUAUUGAGACUCUGCCAUGUGUGAAGAAGAAAGCUGAUUGGGCACUACAGUGGAUUGCUAGUAAAACUGCUACUUUUGGCGAGAGGAUUGUGGCCUUUGCUGCUGUGGAAGGAAUAUUUUUCUCUGGAAGUUUUGCUUCAAUAUUUUGGCUAAAGAAGCGGGGCCUCAUGCCUGGGCUCACAUUCAGCAAUGAGCUGAUAUCUAGGGAUGAGGGUCUACACACGGACUUUGCGUGUCUGAUGUUCAGGCACCUGGUGCAGAAACCAAGCCGAGCGCGCGUGCUCCAGAUAGUGCUCGACGCCGUCGUCAUUGAGAAGGAGUUCCUUACUGACGCUCUGCCUGUGCGUCUUCUCGGCAUGAACUGUGAACUCAUGUCUGACUACAUUGAGUUUGUGGCUGAUAGACUACUGCUUGAACUGAUUGGAGAAAAGCAUUACAACACAAAAAACCCAUUCGACUUCAUGAAUCUCAUCUCAUUAGAAGGAAAGACCAAUUUCUUUGAGAAGAAAGUUGGUGAAUACCAGAAGUGGGGUGUGAUGGCGAAACCCAUGGACAAUGUGUUCACUUUGGAUGCAGAAUUUUAAAAUGGAAAGAUUGGUUUUUGGAGAAGUUGACCAAAUAUAGUUGAUGAAAGGUUGAGCAUGUAUGUUAUUGUUUUUUCUGUUUGUGACUUAAAAUAACAUUUUGAUGUUUAAGGUUUACAUGUACUAAAAAAAAGAAAGAGUAAAUUAUACUUGAAAGAUCAAAGGAUUUUGACUCAAUUUUGAUCACUUAAAAUGUAUGUUGUAAAGAGUGUUGCACUUUGAGAUGUUUAAGAUGAUGACAUGUGACGAAAGUUCUGCCACAGUAACUAUUUAUUUUGAUACAAUAUUCAAUGCACCAUUCCAAACAUUGCAAGCAUUGUGUGUGUGCAAGAAAGAAGAACAUGUAUUGUAUGUUUGCACUAUCACAAUCAAUUAAAUAUGUAAUUAUCACCAGUAGAGCUGGUGUUGUGGAAAUUUUGAAGUGAAAAGAUUCCAUGAAUAUAUUGAAUAUUCAUUCAUGAGUAAUUAAUCACGUGGUGAAUGUUUUUAUAUUCCAGUUCAUUUUGUAAUUUUAAAUACAAAAAUUUAAAUAAAAAUAACAGUAUUAUGUUAAUACAAUAACACGAUAGUGUCUAUUAAUAAUUAUGUUGUUAUAUAAUUAUUUACUAUGUGUAGCAUAAUAUAAAUUGAUUCAACAAUGUAUCAAUACCUAGUUAAGUAGAUGCUUUAUAUAAGAUAUUUUUAGACUUGUGAUAUUUAUAUGUAAAUAAUGUCUGAUACUUUUAUAUGACACAUUAAAUAAAGAAUGCAAUUAAUACAUAA